AUGGCUGAAACUUCCAAAUCUCAUUUAGCCUUAGCCAUCACCAAUGUGAAAACUCUCAUCCCCAUCACAUUGGACUUGGAAUCAGGACAGUACCAUUCAUGGGCGGCAUUAUUCAAGGUUCAAGCCAGGGUUCAUAACGUGCUUGAACAUAUCAUCCCACACACUGAUGCGAAAGAGAAAGUUGCGUAUGAUAAGGCAAAAGCCGAUGAUCUCCCUCUCUGGAAACGACUUGAAGCGGCGAUCUUACGAUGGAUUUAUGCCACGGUCUCCUCCGACAUCCUCUCCUCCAUUCUCAUCGAUGACGACUCGGCUGAACAUGCUUGGCACAGUGUUGCGGAUCUCUUUCAUGAUAAUAAAAACUCAAGGGCCUUGUAUCUCAAUAAGGCAUUUACCAACACAAGUCUUGCUGAUUUUUCGACGAAAAAUGUGUAUUGCAAUCAUCUCAAAAGUCUUGCCGAUCAACUCGCCAAUGUCGGGGCUCCCGUCAAUGAUCAAAGUAUGGUUUUGAGAAUGCUACAAGGAUUGACAGAACAAUAUUCUAAUUUUUUCAUUGUGAUGCAAAACAAGAAAAGCCUACUUAGUUUUGCUACAGCCCGUUCCAAACUCGCCUUGGAGGAGACCACCAUUUUAGAGCGAGCAAAACAAUAA